CAACUUUGUAAACACUGUCGAAACACCUUCAUCACUGUCGCCGUCAUUGUUGUGUGUGAACGUCCUUUACUUGUCCCAGUUCGCGUCUCCAGUGAGGCAGUGAGCUGGGUCUGGCAUUGAUAAAUACCGCCUUGUCUUCCCCGGUUUUGCACGACAUCAUUGUCCACUGCUCGACCAACCCCGUCGUCCGUUUUCUGCCCACCCGCGGAGACACUCAUCCAUCGACCAAUCUCGCAAGGGUUGGCAGCAUUCUCGAUCAUGGGACGCCGUCCUAACCCGCUGAUGGCGGAGUUCUUUGAACGCGGUGCUAAGAUUGGUGACUCCUCGAACCGUUAUGAACAGACCUGCCGACGAUGUGGAGAGCACUUCCCGCGAGGCCGGAGUGAGGCUAUGGUCACUCAUCUGACCAAAAAAUGCCCGGCCGUGUCUAAUGCUGAGCGCACCAAAAUCAUCUUGCGUUUGCACGAUCUGUCCCUCCCAGAUGUCCAUCCAUACAUCGACCCUACGUUUAAUCCAGAGAGAGCCGAGAAUGAUGAAAGAGCAGCGGAGCAAGACGAGAGCGAUAACAGCGCUAGAUUGCCCUAUGGUCAGAGCAGACAGAAUUUUGACGGCUUGAAUGUUCUCGCUGAGGCUUCCCGUCGUGUUGGUGGUAAUGCACGAGGCAAUCCUGGUUCUACCUCUGGGGAUCUAGAUGGACAUCACAACCAGAUCUCUCAGCCACAAGAUGAGGACGCAGCGCUUGAUCCUCAGCUUCAGGCAGGCACCUUUGCCCACCCUCUGUUGCAUGAUGAUGGUGCAGAUGUUCAAGACAAUGCCUUCCCAACUAGUUCGCCUGAAAGCCUUCCACCACUCUACCACUAUAUGGGUCAUCUACCUGCAGCUCCCCCAGGUCAUCUAGCUGGCCUGCCUCUUGUUAGCACCCAUCCUCAGGAUCUUUCAACAAUUGCGGCUACCGCACAUGCGACAAUCGACGAUGAUUCUGUCAUGGCCACGGACCUGGACAUGUCAGAUGACGUCCCUUCCGCACUUCUUGGUGAGCUUCAUGAGAAUGGCUUUGCUUCGCAGGGUCGACAGUCAUAUUCUUGGCCAGCAAUGCUCGGGACCCAGCCGAUGGAGCCGCUGACCACCCCCGCUGCCACGCAGCCUGUUCAUUCACCAGAACUGGCGUCGAUUUCUUCAAGGGCAACAGAUAGUCCAGCCUCACGAAAUGAGGAGUCUACGAGCCAACAUCUCAGACCGAUUGCAAUGAAUCCGAAUAGACAACCGGCUCAGCUCUUUGACAAUACAGAUUCAAACUCACAAUCGCCGAGGCCGAAGGUCCGUGGCAGGUUUGCACCCGACCGCCGUAAGGAAGUGCGCGAGCUUCGCAAAGUCGGCGCGUGCAUGCGAUGCCGCAUGCUCAAGAAGACCUGCUCUCAGGAGACACCGUGUCAAACCUGUGCUGCUGUUGAAAGUCCUCGCCUGUGGAAGCAUUCCUGCGUACGUACGAGACUUAGCGAAGCCUUUCCACUCUACUUUCUUGGACUACAUGGAGUUCUGGCCUAUCUCGAAGUCAACACCUUGAAGACCCGAGUCUCUUUUACGCUUUUUCCAGGAAAGGUCGAAGGCUUCCAUUUCCCGGACCAGAAGAUCGCUCUGAAGGGACUUCGAGGCGAGCAGAUAACAGAGCCGGCUCCCGCAAGAGACGACGCCGCUGGUGCUAGCAAUCAACACCCUUUAGACAAGGAAGUUAUUGUCGUUGCAGACCUUGACACGGACAAUAUCCUCCCGAAGGUUGAACGAUAUCUUCAGGCAAUUUCGCCAAAAGUCGUGGACCAGGAACCAUCUCGCGCAAUACGGGCAAGUCUCCAGAUUGCCCAGAGGAUCAAGGAUCGACAACAAAAUGGCAUGACCGCUGACAAGCCGGAUAAUCUCGUCUCAGACGUCAUCGAAUUAUGGACAGCAACGUCAAUCAUCACCGAUGAUAAGCUGAAACCCUUAUUUGCGACGGAGACUGAGCUUGAAGAUGGACAAACUUUGGUUAAUGAGACGACAAUGGGCGCGUCUUACCGCGUGUUGACCCUGCAACUUCGAGCGGUGGUCGAAAAGCGCGCCGGCAUUGUGUGCAGAAGUAUCAUGAACCACUUCGAACAGAGGGUCUUGUCUCGCCAUAAGAGCAACAACUUCGAAACAUUCUUGAUUGCGUUCGUCUUGCUCAACUGUGUGGAGCGCAUGUGCUGGCUGUACCGGCGUUGGGAUUAUUGGCGCAGUAAAGGCGUUCACUGGCCCCUGGACCAAAAACCAGCAUUCUAUGCAGAAAAGGCUGAGACCUUUGCGCAGAUGGUUCAGAUGCUCAUCAACAUGCGACAACUGGAGCCCAAGAUUACGGUGGACUCCGACUCAGACGCGCUUGUUCCUUUCAACCCUGAUGAUACCGCUCUUGCUGAAUGGCUCUCAGCCGCUGGAAUCACUACGGCCCUCGCAGCGCAACUUGGACUUGCCAUGUUCGACCCCGAAGAUAGCAGAUCUCUUGAUGGAACUUUGGCUGCGCGCUUAACGCAGUACCAAGGUUUUAUGGGUUGACAGAUGUCGAAGGCCUACUUGUACCAACUGAGGUAUCGAGUUUCAUAAUGGGCGUUGGGAGUGCGAUUGGUCGAAUUGUAUCAACAUCGGAGCAAUUGGCGGUGUGGAUUGGCAUUGGUGAAACAUGGGACUUGGUGACUUUGUUGCACAUGAGAGCAAGAUGCUACGAGUCCGCAACGAAUGUGAACCCAGUCACAGAUGGAAUUUGUCAUGAUUAUGCGAAAAAGAGCUGAGAUACCCCACGUGUGCAUUGUUGAAAAGAAAAGUCCCUGGAAGGUCCCCCAAAAAAAUGUACAGAGUCAAAGAUAGAGAGGCACAUGUUUGCAGGAUGAAGCCCAAGCCCCCCCCCCCAAAAUGUACAGAGUCAAAGAUAGA